AUGUUACUGUUUCAACUUUUCCUUGCAUUUUCUGGUGUAUUUCUCACAGAAUCUAACAAUUUGAGUAUUAAAAAUUGUUUUAUCAGUCAUAAAAAUAUUCGGAUAUCUUCAUGCGGACCACCAAUCACUACAAAGUCAGUUUUAUUUUUUAAUUUGUUCUGGUUUUUACCUAAUAAAUUUAUAGAUCUCCACUUUCCUUGGAAGAAUGUCAAAAUCUUUGUGUCAAUUUGCAAGGAAAAUGUCAAAAUAUACAAUAUUAUUACUACCGUAAUUUUUGUGAGAUUUUUGAUAUUCCUUCUCCAUUGGAAGUCAAUCAAACAGGUGAAAAAAUUGAUUUAUUAAUGAGAAAAUCAAAAAAGUUUCUGAAAAUUUCAGCUGUUUCACCGGAAAAAAUUCGUAAACGAGAAACAGGUGCAACAAGGUUAGUUCCAAGAAAUCAGAAAGAAUAUACAUAUUCAUAUUGUGUUUAGAGUAGAAAAUGAGAAAAAAGAUUGUUCAACAGCAUCACUUUCACCUGCAAUUGGUACUUCUUAUUUGAUUCCAAGAUGGGAUUGUUUGACCGAAUUGCAAUUGGAGGGAAUUCAGAAAAAUGAGGUGAAAAUUGCACUGUACUUCAUUCAUGAAAAUAGCCGGGCUCUUUUCAAAAACUAAUCAUCAUAUCUUGAAACAAAUGUUUCUUUCCCAAUCACAGCAAAACGAAUCUUAUGAGAGCUUAAAAGCCAUGUUUUCCCAAAAAAAACAUACAAACACAAAUCUAAAGUAUAGUGACAAUCAAAUUCGCUCUAUCGCACACAUCUUUUACGGAGUUCUCGAGGAAUACACAGGAUAUUUUUUCUAUUUUUUCUUCAGUUUUUUUUCCAUUUUUAAAUUAAAAUUUUGAAAUUAUAUAUAAUUAGGUGUCUAUGCUUCACAGAGUUAACUCAAUUUAUGAUAAAACAGAAAAUAUGAAACGAUUUUAGGACACCGCUGUUCAAAAUACUGUGCGAAGCGAAGGAAUUCGAAAUAGACAAAUUGAAGAUGUUGCCCAAAACCUAGCGGUUGAAGUAAGUUGGUCAAAUUAGGCUUACAUUAUAAUUGUCAAAAAUAAAUAUUAAUCUAGAUCCUCCCUGUGAUUCCCGAUUGUCCAUCUGGAGAAUAUUCUCGAAUUCAAAUCAUUGAUGGUGUAGAAAUUGAUCGUGCCGCCACUGUAAAAUUUGCAGUUCCAACACCAGAAUUAUGUUUCCAAGCAUGUCGAAUUAGCACGGUAUGUUGAACAUUUUUCCUAAUUUUAUAUAAAGGCGUGAAAAAUAUUUAGUAUCCUGAUGGCUCUCGCUUGCCACUUCUCUGCCGAUCUGCACAUUUUGAUAGAAUUGGACGCCAUUGCUCGGUUUAUUCAGAUGCUUUGAAUCCAAAUGGUUAUCUAGAUUAUAAGCCUAACCAAAAUGCAAUUUAUGCCGAGAAAAUUUGUAUUCCAGGUAUUUCUAAAAAAGUUAUUCUGCAAACCGCAUCAAUUUUUAUAGAUUCAUCAUUGCCAACAUCUUGCGAUAAUGUUUUCCGAAGAAUUCCACAACAUAUUCUUCUCGGACAAGCUUCAGAAAUUAUAUCAGUCACAAGUGAACAAGAAUGCGUUUUGAAAUGUAUCGAAUCAACGGUUAGUAUUUUUAAAGAAACUUGGGUUUUCAAAGAAAAGAAAAACAACAACACCAAUUAUAUGUAGAUUAUCAAAUGCCAAUCAAUCCUCCACUAUCCAGAUUUCCCAUUGCUGAAUUGUAUUCUUAAUGUGCACACAAGAAAUACAAAAAGUGCAAUUUUUCACACCUGAGCUAAAAUAUAAAGUAGAUUACGUGGAAGUUGGAACUUGUACAAAACGGCAACUAGUAAGCAGUAGAGUGAUUAUUCCACCAAAUCCUUUUGAAAAAUCUGUAGCACGUAAGUAAUUUGUCAGAUUUGAACAAUCAUUUUAUUAUUUCUUUCAGUACAACCUCAACAAGUUCAAGUUCAACAAAAUUCAAUAACAUCAAAUGAUAUCACUUCGUUGACAACAGAAUGGUCGGAAUGGACAAAAUGUUCACAAGAUUCAAGUUCGAGAAGUCGUGAGAGAUUCUGUAAUGGUUGUAAGGAAAUAAUCCAAGUUAUGCCAUGUUUUUCGAAUAAUAAUUUCGACAAAGCACUACAGGAAUUUGUGAAAGAGCAACAAGUUAAGGAAAGUGAGACAUCGAUUAGAGCAGUGCCGGCUCAAUCAGCCUUACCGGUUUCUUCAGAAACUACACCAACGCCAGUUAUUAAAUUCCGUAAGUCUUGCAAAGUCAUUUUUAAAACAGGAAAAAUAAUUUUUGAAAAAUCAAAAUGACAUAACAAAACGUGUAAAACUCAAACUGAUCAAUAGAUUUUUUAUGAGAGCUAGUUUUCAAAACCUUCUCCUGUAUUUUGAAAGUGUUCAUUGGUUGAGAUGUUUUUUCAAUCUGAUUAACCAACAUCUUCAUUAAAAGAAACACCCAAGAUGCAAUUUUUUCAAGGUCUUCCACGAAACGAAUUUGUCAAGAUUUAAUCAAAUUUUUUUGAAUGACAUAUUUUUAUUCACUAUUUAAUCUACACACAUACUUUCUACAAUAUAAAUCCCUAUUAUUUUUCAAAAAACGAAACAAAUAAAAAUUGUUGCACCAAAAACCACAAUAAUCAAAUUAUCCCUCACAACCAACCAAACUAAAUUUUGCAGUCAAUCAAAACGACGAGAAGAAAAAGUCUGUCGAAUUUUUUGGACCACCACAAACCUAUAAAUAG